AUGAAUGAUAAACAACAAAUAAUCAAUAAAUCAAAUAAAGUGGAAUUAUUUAAUUUUAAUGAAAUAUGUUUAAAAGAAAAUAAUCGAUUAAGACGCUUACAUCAUUGUCCUAAAUUGAAAUUAAGUCAUCAAUUAAUGAAAUCAGCACAACACCAUUCGGAAUAUUUACAAAAACAACGUCAAUUACAACAGAUUGGUGAUUUGGUAUGUGGUCAAAAUAUGGCCUUAAUUAUUGGUCAACAAAAUUAUCAAGUUGCAGGACUUAAUGCGAUACAAGCAUGGUAUAAACAAUCAGAAAAUUAUGACUAUAAUGAGGAUAAUCAAGAAAAUAAAGGUUAUUUUACUCAAAUGAUUUGGAAGAAAACAAAAAAAGUCGGAUUUGGUUUUACUAAAUCUGAUGUUGGGAAUACAAUUUUUGUAGUUGGACAUUAUUUACCAGCUGGUAAUAAAAUUACAGAAUAUCAAGAGAAUGUUCUAUCAAGAAUUGAAAGAGAUCAUGAAAUGAGUAACGAAGAUAACUGUUCGAAUAGUUCUGAUAAAAUUCCCAAACAACAUCGAAAUUCCUGUUCAAACAGUCAGUGUGUCAUAAUUUAAUACACGUGAAUAUUGACCUCCAAAAUUUUCAACAUAUGUAUUACAUUCAACCAAAAUAAGCCUGAAUGAAUAUUCAAAACGUUCUAGAGGUGCACCAUUCUAUUAUCGUUCACUAUUCAUGCGUGAUUAAAAAUUUUAUUUCAAAUUUUUAACAAUAAAUAAUUGAAGUUUUUA